UCUUUCUCGCUGCAGGUUACAUCCAAGCCUGCAGAGGACUGAUGAUCUCCGCCGUCUGCCUGGGCUUCUUCGGUGCCAUUUUUGGACUGGUUGGGAUGAAAUGUACAAAAGUCGGAGGCUCCGAUCAGACUAAAGCAAAAAUAGCUUGUUUAGCUGGACUGAUUUUCAUACUCUCUGGGUUGUGCUCUAUGACUAGUUGUUCCCUGUAUGCAAACAGGAUUACGUCUGAGUUCUUUGAUCCUUCUUUUGUUGCACAAAAGUAUGAAUUAGGAGCAGCUUUGUUCAUUGGAUGGGCUGGAGCUUCACUCUGCAUAAUUGGUGGCAGUAUAUUCUGCUUCUCAAUAGCCGAAAACAGUAAUUCUCCAAGGAGGGGGUAUGCCUAUAAUGGAGCCACAUCUGUGAUGUCUUCUCGUACAAAGGUCCACAACAGUGUCCCAGACAAAACCCCACCAAAGCACUUUGACAAAAACGCUUAUGUUUAAUUGUACUGUUGGAAGGUUCAAAGCGUUUUAAAGAUGAGUUUAUAUGUUUCAUUCAGAGUGAUUUCUUCCCCUCACCCCCAAUGUAAUUACCACUAAGACAAUGACUUUUUAAAACAUUAACUUGCAGCUUUUUACGUAUUGAUGUAAAUUUUAUUAUAUAAUAUUUUAAGAUUGAUGUUGGUAAAGUUUAUACCUGGAAAUCAUGAGCUGAUGUUGCUUUCUUGAAAAAAAAAAAAUAAAUGGGGUAUUUACCAA